CCGCCUUGUAUACCUGGUAGAAGGUGAGCAAAUGACUGCCCUUCCCCUAGAAACAGAGGGAGGAGAGAGUGACACAAGGAGGAAGAGAGACGUUAGCAGGAAGGGCUGGUUUCAUAACUCUGAGAGAACAGGAAGAGACCGCUUCACCAGCAGCAGAGAGUGAGAGGAGGGGUUCUUAGCAAGACAGACAUGGAUAGGAGACCGGAGGUCGAAGGGGCCUCUGCGGCAGCUGGCAAUGACCGUGUACGGGAUCUGCAGAGUGAAGUGGAAGGUGUCAAAAACAUAAUGUCACAAAAUGUGGAGCGGAUCCUGGCAAGAGGGGAAAACCUGGACCACUUGAGAAAUAAAACUGAGGACCUGGAAGCCAGUUCGGAACACUUCAAGACUACGUCUCAGAAAGUCGCCCGAAAAUACUGGUGGAAAAAUGCCAAGAUGAUUGCUAUUAUCUGUGUAGUGGUUGGGAUCAUUCUCCUUCUCAUUAUCCUCCUUGCCACAGGAGUUAUCCCCACAUAAAUGGUGCUUGUGACUUCUACCUCUCCACCAUGUAUCUCCCCUGCUGAGGACUUACCCCUCGGCUCUUAACCUUGUCUGGCAGUCUUAUGGAGAAGCCAUGGGAAUUUUAUGGCAUUACAUUUUCUGAUAUCUCUGUACAAAUACAACUCACACUUGAUCCUAAAGCCUAUUUAUAUUGUGUAUGAAGAGUCGCUUCAUCCAUUAAAAUCUCACCAAUGAAGCAUUAUUGCUUGUACUAAUAUAGGUUAUGGUUUCUACUGUAUUUAGCAUUUGGUGGAAUUCUAUUUUGGUGAAAGGAAAUGACUCUGCAUACACUAUGUAGAAUUUUACUUAAACUGUCAACAUCCUGUACUCCGUGUACUACCAUAAAGAAUGAUUAGCUAACAUCUGGAACCUAGCAGAUGUUUCCUAACGGUAGCAAUAAUCUGCCCUCUGUCCUAUAAUGUGAAAUAUUUUACUCCAGUGAGAUACAUUUUUCUGCUAAUAAGUGUAUUGUGUUUUCAAUGUGGGGAAGCGUUUGUGGAUAGACUGCAAAAAUGACGAACAUAUGAGGAUAAUCUUACCUGGAGAUAAAUCCAACUUGGGUUUUAGUAGUAAUAAUAAUUCUCCAUACCUAUAUGCUUCUGACCUUCUCUGAAGCAAGUUCUCAUUUAUAUGAGUAAUGGGUGCAUCUGUAAUGUACCAUUUACUAAAUACCUUACAUCAAAAAUGAGAGCAGAAAUACAUAGUUAUAAAAAUACCCCUAGACGUCCUUCAUAUUUAGUUAUUGUAAUUUCUUUUAUUGUAGUUUCUGUUAAACGUAUUCGCUUAUGCUCUAUUUUUGCUUUGUGCUCUGCAAACUAACACACAAUGCUGUUUUGUGCCUAUAGGUCUAUUAACAAAACUGCAGCUACCUCUAGGUCUAGUAACAAAACUGCAGCUGCCUCCUAUAGUCUCUGAAUAAAACCGUUAUUGAUGUGAUGGGGUAUAGUGUAUUGAGCUUGUUGAAGUUUUUUUUUCCCUUAAGGUACAUUUUAAUGCAAAACACACAUGGUCUAAUUUGCAUUACCAGGCCUAGAUAACUGUGACCUGGUUAUCAUGGCUCUUGUAAACUGGUGGUAACAUAAAACACAUCCAUAGACUUAACUCCAUUAAGAAGUUCCAAGUGCCUACUUUUUUUUUUUUUUGGUGUUAUCAAUGGGAUAUCAGACUAGGGGGCAUGCCUAGCAACUUAGGCAGCCCCUCAUGAUCCGAUCCCGGGCUAUGAAAUUGCAUGAUCUCAUUGACGAUUGCGUGAUUUAGUUUUUCUAGCAAGUGUUUACAUCGCUUCAAGCAAGAAGCACUCUCACCUUACCAGUCUUUAAACACCAGGGUGCAGCCAGUAAUAAUAAGCUUUCAAGAAAAAAUUGCACUCACUGGUUUUGAAAACAAACAGUGAUUUAUUCACGUGACGUUUCGGGGGAUUCACCCCUUCCUCAGACGUCUGAGGAAGGGGUAAAUAACCCCGAAACGUCACGAGAGUAAAACACUGUUUGUUUUCAAAACCGGUGAGUGCUAUUUUUUUUUUAUAUAUAAUAUAUAUAUAUAUAUAUAUAUAUAUAUAUAUAUAUAUAUAUAUAUAAUUAUUUUUUUUAAUUAUAUACACUUGCACAUAUACGUACACUCACACACACUUAUUUAGCAUUAGAAUAUUGCUUUCGUUUAAUUUGCAGAUACAAACCAAUGCUGUCUUAUCCUGUGCCGGACAAUGUGUACCGGGGGUAUUCAUUCUUAAAUCCUUAUUAGUCAGAUUGGUAGGAGGGAGAAAAUAUUCAUAUGAGAUGCAUCUUGGGGAGAGCUCUAAGAGAUCUUUGGCAUUUUUAUGAUGCCUCUUUAACAAAAAAAAUAGUUUUACAUUAAUUUUGUGAAUAAUUUAACCUAGGGGCCUUUUUAUUUUUUCUUUGCCUCGGUAAGAACAUACAAAUAUUUUGCUGGUCUCUCCAGCACUGAAUGGGGUUAGGAGGAGGGGCUAUUGGUUCUAAUGACCAUAAAUAAUCGUAACGUUCCAGAUUUGACUUUGUGACAAGCACAUUCCAGAGAUUUUUUAUAUCCAUGUAUGACCUGGAGAUGAAGAGAAUAAAUGUAUCUAGCUGUUAAUUAAACCUCAGACCAGGGUAGUCAAGUGUUUAUCAUGGAGAGCUGGAGCCAUAUCCGAUUAUUGGGACUUUCUUGACUAAACCAUUAAAGAAACAUGACACUCAAAAAAAUAAAAAUCUCUUCUCAUCUAAAAGAGUAUUUGUAAAGUUCCCCUUUUUUUUUUUUUUUUUUUUUUUUUUUUAAAUUCAAAAAUAGAUAAUCCAAUUAUAAAACUUAAUUUUUUUUCUGUGUGGGAGUUGCAUUUCCUGUUACUUUCAGAUUUUUUUCCCCAUGCAAAAAAAAUAUUUUCAUAGUUGCACUACUGCUGUUUUUAUAUACAGUAUAGAAAAUGCUGUAAUCCAGCGUCCCUUUAAUUGACUCGUAUGUGUCAACACAGAGGUAAUAUAAAAAAAAAAACAUGGUCUGUCUCCAGCUCUGGAGGAUAAUCAUUAGACAACCCUGUUAUACACAAAUUCAUUGGUCAAACUUUUGCACAGAAUUAAACUAUAUCUAUCUAGUGUCCUCUGUAAGCCUGUAAUGCUCCUGGCAAACAGUAGAGGGCGCUCAUGGCAAACCGCAGAGGGCAGGUGUGUAAUACUAAAUAUACUAAAAGGUGGAAGUAAAUUCUUACUAUUGAUGUACAAAUACACAAACAAGCAGAGACUCAGAAUAACAUGAAGAACAAUAUGUUGUAAGCUUUGUAGUCAGUGAGUAGUUUAAACAUGUCACUGUAUAACACAGUAAGUCUGUAGAUUAAUAUGUAUAUAAUAAGCAUAUAUAUAUAUAUAUAUACUGAACAUGAGUGUGAAGCUCAUUCUAUUUCACUGUCCUGAUGAUUAUAACAGAUUUAUUUAUAAGAUUAAUAUUAAAGACUUUAUUUGGCUA